ACUUCCGGCUGCCUUUCACACAUGCUGCUGUCACUCCUGUGUUGUGCUCAUGGAGAGAGCACGUUUUUGGACUUUUUCUGCUAUUUUUAGAGGAUCAGCGGGCGAAAUAUAGCACCGACUAAGACUGUGAAACAAGAAUGAACCACCGGAUCCAUGUUUUAUAAUGACAGAAUCCACAACUGUCAUGAACUCCACUCAUUCUCCACCCACAGCAUCUAUUCAACCUCAACCCAAGCUCCGCGCAGUCCCCAUCCACCAGCGUCCAGAUCUACUUGUGCCAUGUGCCGAAUUGGUGAACUCCGAGUGGAAGCGAAGUACAGCUGCCCGUGUCCACAGUCUGCAAAAAUCCUGUUCCGAGUUUCCGGUUUGUCUCGUUCUCCUUCAGGGCCAAAAACAAUCUGAAAAACUUCUCGGACAUGCUCGACUGUCCCACGUGGUCGGUAAAAGUAACAGUCUUUUUGUGGAAUCUGUGGUUGUGUCCAAAACAGAGAGAGGUAAAGGCUAUGGAAGAGCUUUAAUGGAAGAAACUGAAAGAUAUGCGAAGACUAGAGGGUUUAAACGGCUUUACUUAACUACUCAUGAUAAGCAGCAUUUUUACAAACAUAUGGGAUUUGUCCUGUCCACCCCGGUUCAAAAUGCAGGUGCUAUGACUGCUUUUGUUCCAAUGGAAACCCUACUGAAGUUUUCUCGAUCGCCAAGCCAACCAGUAAACACACCUGUAAAUUUACCAAUGAAUGUGAAAUCUGAAGAUGCUCGCUCUAUAUGUCAAAACCUACCUCCUCCACCUCCAUUACCAAGUCCGCCAUCUUGUCCUGUGCCCCCUCCGCCACCACCUCCUGUUGUCCCACCCCUACCUCCACUUCCUGCUUCUCUGCAAAAGCCGCUAUCUUGCCCCAUUCCUCCACCUCCUGUAUUGCCACCUGCGCCUGUGGUGCAAACUCUAACCGAAACACCUUACAGAGAUGCCAAAGGGAUGCCCAUCUAUUGGAUGCACAAAGACAUUUAAUAAUUAGUAUUUAUUAAUUAGUCCUAUGAAAUUGUUCUGUAAUACUGUUUACAUUUGUGCCUAUUUAUCUCACCAUUUUGCCUGAAGGAAUGCAUUUCACCUUUUCACUUUAUUCCACUGCCUGUCUACAGGUAGUGUUUGCACAUACAAGCACCAGCUUUGUUCAAACUCUUAAGUCUUAACUUUUUUAUCUUAAAGGUACACUAUAUAACUUCUCUGGUCCAUCUCCUUCUUGUCUCCUUGGAGAUGUUUUGCUUUGCUCAUCUAUCUCUCAUUGAAAAGCCUGAAAAAAACAUGCAUCCUUAUUAUGAGAAGGCUCAACUGUGCCCCAUGCUUGUCUGCAUGGAGAUAGAGGUUAAAGAAGGGGGGAUUUUACUUCUAUUAGGUAUUAACUGCUAACACAUAACAUAUUUAGAUCACCACGUUACCCUUUAUUGUUUGGAAAAUGAUAUUCUCAUCAAAAACAUGUUUUAUAAGUUUCACUCAUUUUUGAUGCGCUGAGUCUCACCUCCCUUUUUUCACUUUUGCACCUACAAUCAUAUUGGCUAUAUUAAAACAGGGAUAACAAUAGGGAUAGUGAGUAUGCUAACAGGUGUGGAAGCACCCAUUAGGGGCCUGAAUUAUUAUGCUAAAUAUGACUCGGGGGCAGUUCACACUUCGUUCAAUAGACCUAGCCAACAAACAGAAACUCUAGUUUGUUUCAGUGUAGUCAGCUCAAGUAGUGUCCCACCAACAAUCUGACCAGAACUUAAGACGCCACUUGAGCAGCAAAACAUUUUCCUUCUAAAACUUUUUCCUUUUGACAAAAUUGAAUUUUCUUUUCCUAUGAGGGAACAACAUUAUAACAUGGUAGAAAACUAAGAAAAAUCUAUUUUGCAAAACACCCUCUCUUUAAAGAAUGUUGCAUUGUUGAAGAUUCCAGGUUAUGCAAUUACAUCACCAUGGAGACAAACAAGUAACACACCCUUCACAAGAAAGGUUGCUCAGUGUGACUUCAAUUGUAUGUCUUCACUGAAUACUGUAUAGACUGUUAAGGUCUAUGGAUUCAGCUUUUACAGAAAUUCCAGUGUGCAUUUUAGCUUUUUUAUUAUCAUUUUUUCACCAUGUUUUGGAAGUUUAAAAUACUUUGGCUUUAAUAUUCUGACUACAAUUUGAAAUGUGAGUCCUUUUUAAAAGAAGCAGAAUCAAAACGGUUUGUGUUUCUAGUUUUUGGAGUAAUGUUCUCAAUUCUAAAGUUGACUUUGUUGAAAUCUCAACUGCUCUCCCGAAUGUGCCUUAUUUAAAACUUUACUCACCCUGAACUCUCUGAAAAGAUGC